CUUCGUUCGCGCUGUCAUCAGCUGCUCGCGGAUUGUUUACCACCCGGGGGGAGAAGCACGUGGUCCCAGCCGAUCUCACGCACACACUGCGACUUGUGUAAAAACGAGGGGCCGAUGACAGUUCUCGCUGUCACAACAAACCGCGCACACAAACUGUCAUCCGGUUGGGGCCAAUUUUCACCCACCAUCCGUUCGUUCGUUCAUGUAAUCACUGCACCGGUUCUGGCCAGCGAAAGGAUUAAUCGACAGUCGAUUGAUUGUGCACGGUUCGGUAAGUUGGCAACAGACAAACGCGCGGUUACGAUGCAUCAUCUACGUGCCGCUCUGGGCAAGCAACAACAGCUGCUGCUUGGCGCCCUAACCGUCAGCCGGCGCCGACUGUUUCUACAAGUGACUAGCGAGCAACGUGCACGAGGUCGAGUCGUCGUUGGCGCCACUCUGCAUCAUCCAAGUAGACCCGGCGGUGUUUCGAGCCGUCUGCUGUCACACUCGGUACGACUGUGCCAAGCGGCACCCUCGGCAAAGCAAGCGACGACCAGCACCAGAACCGAGGCUCCCACCAAGAAAACAGAAACGGGAUCAGCAGCCACACCGGAUGUCACCCGACUACUAGAGGAACUGCGAUCGGAUGCGAUCGUUUAUCGGCGUGUGCAGCUGGAGAAACUCAAGCAGAUCCUUGCCCGACCACUCGAGAUUCCUCGCGAUGCGUUCGAGUUUCUGAUCCGUUGCUGUGGCAACCUGCUGUGCUCAGAAACGAUCGAAACGAGGAUGCGUUUGUGCGAACAGUUCUGGUUCUAUCUCGGACCCGAACCACAGCCCCAGCACUGGAAGGCGUUGCUGCAGGUGUACCGUGAGAACGAACACUCGAUUACGGAUGUACCGGCGCUGCUGGAGAGUAUGGGAGCGAUCGAGAAGGAUGCCGAGCUGUACCGGGCCCUGUUUGCGGCUCUGGCCGAGCAGGGUGAUCUACCGGAGAUGAAGCUCGUUCGGGAUAUGAUGCUGAAGCUGGAAAUGCCACUCACCGUGGAGGUGCUGAAUGUGAUGAUACGAGGAAACGGUCGUGCCGGCGAUCUGGACGGUGUACAGAUGGUCCUGGAGACGAUGAGCGCUGGCAAUGUGUCGGCCAGCGGGGAGACGUACGGUGAGCUGAUGAUCGCGUUUCUCCGCGAUGGUAUGACCGAUCGCGUGCUGAAGCUGGUGCGUGAAAAAGGUUCCCAGUUGAAGGAAGACCAUGUGCUGGAACUACUGGAACUGGCGGUGGACAAAUCCAAGACACCCGAGCUGGUCCGUGCACUGCUGAAGCUACUGCCCGAGGAGAUGAUCCAAGAUGGACGGAUACAUCCGGUACUACGCAACACGCUUAGCGGACUCAUCCGGCAUGGCCGCCACGAUGGUAUGCUACUGUUGCUAGGUGAGCUUCCGGUGCCACAAUUCCGCGCAAACGAAAACACCGACGGUUACGGUACGUUUCUGAUGGUCGAAAUGCUACGCCAUGGGGCACCAUUCGAGCAGCUAGACAAACUCCUCGCCAUGCUAAUUCGCACCGAGCGCAAUCUGCGUGCCUACCAUGUGGCCUGUGAAUGUGCGGCCAAAGCAAACCACCGGUACUUUGAGCGAUUACUCACUGCACUGGCUCCACUGGAAGCGCUCCGACCGCACUACUUCUGGCCACUGUUCCUACAACGCUUCAAGACGGACAGUGAGGCGGGUGUGCUGGCCGUGCUGAAGCUGAUGCAGAAACUUAAUGUCGAACCAGACCAGGAAACGAUCGUAACGUACGUGCUACCGAAGCUUUCCCUUACGCUCAAGGAUGCCCGAGCCGGUUUGAAAAUCCUGGAAGAUCGUGGCGUACGGAUGGCCGCCCUGAUGACGCCCUACAUCUCCCAUCUGCUGUAUCAGAACCGGUUCACCGAUGUGCUCGACAUCGUGCGCCGCUAUCCGACCAAGCUUGACACGGAACAGCUACUGUGGCCGUUGAUACUGCAGGCCAACAUUAAUCGCACCUCAGCCCACCAGCGAACACUCUGUGAGGUGUUGUGUGCACUAGCGGAUCGUUCGACCGAUCCUAAACACGAUCUCGGCGGUCAGCUACUGCUGGAAGUGAUCUCGAGCAAAAAAUCGAAACACGACGCCACAAGUCUACAAUCGCUUUUGCGAGAGUACGAAAAGUACGAGCUUCGCAUCUCCCGGAUGGCGGCUGGGGUGCUGAAGAACCAUUUUGCCCGGACAACCGGAACCGAUGGACAAGAAUCAAUCGAUGGUUUGCUGCGCAAACUAACCGACGAUCAGCUGACGAUCCAUUCGAAGGAACUCUUCGAGACAAUCACGGUGCACCCGCGAGACAUGAGCUACGAUGAGCUUGAGUGUCAUCUGGUGGAGCUGGAGCAAAAGAAGCUCAACACACGUGGCGUCCUGCGCCGGUUGUUGCUGCUUUGUGUUCGCGAGAAUCGGCUCGAUCGUGCGCUCGAGCUGAAGCGUCGCUGUGAUGUGGCCAAGGUAGAGCAAAGUUCCGGCAUGCUGGCCGCACUGGUCGAGCUGUACACGAAGUGCGGCAAACCGGAAGAGGCAGGCCGUACGCUCGAACAGUUACGCCGCCAAUUCCCUGGCUUUACUAUCGACGAACACAAGGUGAUCGAUUAUGCCGCUCUGCUCAUAUCGCGGGGACAACUCGACGGUGCACGGAAGGUGCUCCGUGAACGGGCGACCACCGGCGGCAAGGUACGCACGGCCGAAGGAGCGACAGCCAGCAAAAACAUCUGGCAGUUGCUCACCAACACGGCUCAGUAUGCUGCUGGCUCCAGCGCAAAGGCCGAAUCACCAAACACUACACGCCAGAUGCUCGAUUUUCUCGUCGAACUCGACUACUGCACCUACGACAAUGUGCUGCUGGGGCCCGUGCUGCGCGAAUACCUACUAGCCGGUCAUCACCGACAGGCGAUCGAAGAGUUUAAGCGGAUCGCAAUCGAAAAGCGACGUACACCGUUACAACUGGAGAUCCUGACGCUUCUGGUAGGCUUUACGAAUGGUACGGGUGACUCCGCAUCCACCAUUUCCGUCGAUGAAGCGAAAACCUUGCUCAGCGAAAUGCUCCAAACGGUCACACAAAUCCACGGGCCGGUCAAUACGAACAACACGCUCAUCGUUGCGCUGGCCGAUGCCGGUACGGAGGCGCAACUUCGCAGAAUGCUCAUCAAUCCCGAGGUGCGCAUCAACCACUCGUACAUCCUGACGCAGUGCGAGUUCCUGAUGGCCAGUGGAAAGGUCGACGUGGUACUACGGUUGGCCAAAUGCAGUAAGGGCUUGGCGAACGUGCGGGAACAGGAUUUCCUGCAGCUCAUCCUUGGCCACUACGUGCGGGAGAACAACUGCGAAGCUGCUGUCCAACUGUUCCAGCGGCUGGUCAACGAUGAGGACGAACUGAAGGUGACCACCGACUUCGCCCGCAAAUUGUCCGAUCUGCUCGAAGUCAACAAUUACGAGGUGCCGGAUGGUUUGAAGCUGUACCUGAAAUGAUCCAUCAACGUGGUCCGCAGCCGUGGCAGCCGGUCAUGCUGGUCCAAUUGUAAAUAGUCAGAAGUCAACGCAAACGCCUAAAGUCAAUAAAACCAAUGUAAUAUGUUAUC